UAUAAGUAGAGGGCGGUCAUGGGGCUGAGAUAUUUAGCCGUCACUUCUUGUUUCUCAGAAGGGUUUUUGAAGUGCAAUACAGCGAAGCGAUUAUACUUAAGAGUGUAAGAUAUAGCUCGACUCAGCAAACGGUAGUCUGUUCGUCCUUGUUUUGAAUUCUUCAAUUAACUAACCUAACUGAAACGCGAGCAGACAUCAGAGAAGAAAAACUUUAGCCAGAAUGCCCGAGUCAAGAACGUCAGUCAGAGACAGCUCAGCUGUUGGGCGUUUCCAUGGAGCCACCGCCAGCAACGGACAGGCGGUCCUCGAGAAGGAGCCAGCAAGUAAGGAAGUAAAAGAGGAGGGGUUCUGUCGCCGCUGGUUUCAGAAGGCGUGCCCUUGUUGCUGUCGACGACAGAGCACUUCUUAUGACAUCACAAAUGAAAAAGAUGCGGAUGUCACCAAGAAUGGGGAGAAACUGACACCAAUCCUAGAACGCUCCCAGACUCACCCAGAAGAUAGAGAACUGGAGGAGCUGUCUCUGAUUGUGCGUUCUGUGGACCUGCUCAGUCUGAAGUCAGGACAAAACCGUAGGGAGCACCACACCGACCGUUACCAAAGUGAUGAGCUCAUCAUCCGGCGAGGACAGACCUUCCAAAUGGAGCUCAACCUUUCGCGACCUUUCAACAUCAACACAGACAAACUGUAUCUGGAUCUGAAGACAGGGUUGCUGCCCUUGGUGUCAAAGGGCACACAUGUCAUCGUGCCUCUGGUGGAAGAGCUGCAGGACCUGUGUUGGGAGGCCAAGAUCGUGGAACAGAACAGCAACCGGGUCAAACUCUCCGUCAAUUCUCCUGCCAACGCCAUUGUUGGCAAGUACAAGCUCUCUGUCACCACCCACUGUCCGAAGAGGGAGUCAGUCACGACGCACGACCCUGAAAAAGACAUCUACAUACUCUUCAACCCUUGGUGUGAAGAGGACACAGUGUAUAUGGAGAAGGACGAGGAGAAGGAGGAAUACGUCCUGAACGACACAGGGAGGAUCUACUAUGGCACAGAGAAGCAGAUUGGAGCUCGCACAUGGAACUUCGGACAGUUUCAUGAAGGCAUUCUGGAAGCCUGCCUGUAUGUGCUGGAGAAGAGUGAGGUUCCUCCAUCUGGUCGAGGAGACCCAGUGAACAUGGUGCGGGUCAUCUCCGCUAUGAUCAACUCUCCUGAUGACCACGGGGUACUGGAGGGUAACUGGUCGGGGAAUUAUGCAGGCGGCACGCCCCCCACAGCCUGGAGUGGUAGUGUGGACAUCCUGAAGAAAUAUCACAGAGAAGGGGGCGUGCCCGUCAAAUAUGGCCAGUGCUGGGUGUUCUCUGGUGUCACCACAACAGUAAUGAGGUGUCUUGGUAUUCCUACACGCAGUGUGACAAAUUUCCAGUCUGCUCAUGACACUGAUGUCUCCUUGACCAUUGAUGUGUAUUUCGAUGAGAAUCUGGAGCCAAUUAAUGACCUCAACUCUGACUCAGUGUGGAACUUCCAUGUGUGGAACGAUUGCUGGAUGGCUCGUCCUGAUUUGCCGCCUGCCAUGGGCGGCUGGCAGGCAGUUGACUCCACACCCCAGGAAACCAGCCAGGGAACGUUCCGCUGUGGCCCCGCUUCCAUCACGGGUGUCCGCAUGGGGCAGGUGUACUUGAUGCACGACACACCUUUUGUCUUUGCUGAGGUGAACAGUGAUAAGGUCUACUGGCAGAGGAACCUGGAUGGCACCUUCUCCCAGAUCCACCUGGAGAAGAAUGCCGUGGGCCACUGCAUCAGCACCAAGGCUGUCGGCUCCAACGAGCGCGUUGACAUCACAGACCUGUACAAACACCCUGAAGGUUCAGAAGAGGAGCGCAUUGCCGUGGAGACUGCCUGUCGCUAUGGCACCAAGCCAUAUGUGUAUGGAUCUCCAACUGCGGAGGAUGUAAACUUGGAGGUUAAGCUGGAGGGGGAGGGACCACGCAUGGGCAGUGAUGCCCGCCUUGAGAUUUGUGUGAAGAACCAGAGUGCAGAGCCACGCAGUGCAAUCCUCCACAGCAAGGUGGCUGUAAUCUACUAUACAGGUGUGCUGAAGGACACUGUGAAGAGUGAAAGGUUUCCUGUGGAGUUGAUGCCUAAUGAAGAGAAAGUCAUAGACUGGGUCCUGCCCUACCAGGACUACCAGAACCAGCUGGUGGACCAGGCGGCACUGAUGCUCACUUUGUCCGGUCGGGUCAGCGAGACGAAGCAGGUGCUGGCCUCUCAGACCAUCUUCCGACUCCGCACCCCAGAUAUCAGCAUCCAGCCUCUUGGAGAAGCUUACGUGGGCAAGGAAGCGUCCGCCAAGCUCACGUUCACCAACCCGCUGCCUUGCGCCCUCCACAAUGUGGUGCUUCGCGUGGAGGGUCUGGGCCUGAGGAACCUCCAUCCCAUUACCGUAGGUGACGUGGGCAAGCACAGCACAGUGACCGUGACGGAGCACUUCAUCCCGUCUCUCGCCGGGACCAGGAAGCUGGUGGCCUCUCUGGACUGUAAAGAGCUCACCCAGGUGCAUGGCGUGGCCGACAUCGUCGUGCAUGAGAGCCUGUGAAAGCAGUGAUAGCAGCCCCUGCGUCUGCUCACUAUCACCAUCCCACACUGUUACACACCAACAUUUUGUUCUGCAUAGUAGUAUAUAUUUUUAAUCAGAAGUAUUUGUACAAUGCAAUAUUUGAUUAAGAAUACCUGUACUACAGGUGAUAAUAAUUUAAAAAAAGAUAUUUCUUUUUGGCAUGUCAGUUUUUACUGAAAUUCUUUAUGAAUAUAAGUGUGAAUCUUACUCAGAUAUUCUUGCCCCAAAGUAAUUUCAUUAUCUGAGCCAUAUUAGACUGUGAGUCUGCCAUUCUGUGCAAAGCUGUAUAGUCAGGUUAAUACAUGUUAAUAUGCACACAUAUGUAUUAUUAGCAGUGAGACAGAAAUACCUCUUUUGGUUUUAAUUAUAAAAAUUAAUUAUUUUAAUCAUGUAUGCUUAGUGUAAAGACCUUUUACUGCCUAGUAGACAAAGUAUGAAGGCUUUAUAAAGAUGAAUUUACGCUUACAAUCUAACUGUAUAUACAGUGAAACAUAUGACCAACAUGUCCACUGUAUUAAAAACAAUAUAGAAUGUAUUUUUUAUUUCUAGUCUAACAUUGCUCCAACAGUGUUCCAGAAGAGAUGCUUAGGGUAGUUCUGUUCUUAUUCACUAUGCGAGGAAAAAGCAGAGGCAAGUCAGUAUUACAGUGAUGGGCUAUGCACCUUCACCACAAUUGCGUGUAUGGUGGCUAUGAUGCAGUGAAUCACUUUGCUGAACGUCGUCUUAGCUCGGAAACUCUAGCCCAGAGCCAUACUUCUUUUCAUAUUCUUGCCCUGCCCACUAAUCCCUGGAAUUUGAAACAGAUUAAACUAUCAAAUGCAAUUUUUUGAAAACUUCUAUUUAUCAGCAUACAUUCUCUUUCCCAAACAAAUGUUAUAUUUUAUUGUAAUAAAAAAAUUUGCUCA